AUGACGGACGGAUCAGCUCUUAAAUCUCUGCUCAGCUCCACCUGUAGUUCGGUUUUCCCACACAUCGUUGUCUUUGUGGUGCUGACGCACUCCUGUGGAGGUCAGUCGCAGGAGGCCGGCUCACCUCAGCCGGUCGUGGUGAUGGUUGGCAAUGACGCCGUUUUGCCCUGUCUGCUGAAAGCUCCCAUGGAUGCUGCUCGAAUGACGAUGGAGUGGGGGAGACAGGACCUGAAACCGAGAUUUGUCUACGUCCUUCACGGGGGUCAGGAACUUCUGACUGAUCAAAACAAGGCCUACAAGGGAAGAGCAUCAGUGGCAAAGGACAAACUGAGUGAAGGGGACGUUUCACUGCAUCUGCCCGAAGUGAAAAUCUCUGACAACGGAACGUACAGAUGUUACAUCCCCAAACUGAGCACUGAAUAUUUUGUUGAUCUUCUUGUUGGUGCCGUCUCCUCACCUGGCGUCGGCUUCUCAGGGCUCGAUACAGGCCGAGGUGCAGUGGUUUUACAGUGUGAGUCCACAGGCUGGUUCCCAGAGCCUGAGCUCCUCUGGCUGGACUCUGAGGGAAAGCUGCUGUCUGCUGGACCCACACAGACGGUCAGACGUCCUGAUGACCUCUAUACUGUCAGCAGCACAGUGACUGUGGAGCAGAGACACGGCAACAGCUUCACCUGCAGAGUCCAACAGAAGAACAUCAACCAGACCAGAGAGACACGGACACAUGUUCCAGAUGAUUUCUUCUUGCCUCCACCUAACUGUGCUGCUUCCAUCACCUCCAGUGUGGUUCUGUGUCUCAUGCUUUUUAUUGCAGUUGCAUUUUUUGUCUGGAAAUGGAGACAAAACAAAAUCAAUCAAGCUUCAGGAGGAAAAAGAGAGAAGGAACAGACAAAUGUGACAAAGACGACUGGUUUUCUGAAGAAACUGGAAAAGGAACUGGAGGAGCACAAAAAGACACUGACCACAGCAGAAAAGGAGGCAGAGAGAGUAGCAAAGAAGACUGAAGAGAAGUUUCAUUCAGUGGAGAAAGAAAAGGAUGGAGAUCAGACGUCUAAAAAAGCACAGGGAUACUUAAAACUAAAGGGAAUCCUGACAAACAUCACCUGGGACCUGAAUGAAAGAAAGGAAGAGCAUCAACAACUGAAACUGAACACAGAGAUACUAAUUCAGAUGACACGUGAUGAAAUGAAAAGAAUUACAGAAGAGAAGAACAGAGUAGAGACGCACAUGAACAGUCUGAGGACACAGAGAGACAGGGAGACGAGACUCAGGCAACGUGGACGUAAGGUGACUGACCUUUGACACGUGACACUGAACAUCUGUGGUUUCUGAUCUGUUGGAUGUUCCAGGUCAUGGUCAGCACACAACAACAAAACAACAAACAACAAACAACAACAAACAUAUGUCAGUAAGGAAAAAGAUUCAGUGGUUUCACAGUUUCCAUCUCCAACAGUCCACGGUGGAGCUGUCACUCAUCACAAUACACAAUCACAAUCACAUGUUUUUCAUGUGAACAUGAAAAACAUUUUCU